UCCAACAGGUUUCUUAGUUUCUCUCACGUACGAAGAAGGAGACUUGGAACACGGAGAACCAAAAAACAGAAGAGAAGAGAAGAUGAAACGAAGAAACAAACAAGAUCAUCCCUUUUGCCUUUAGGGCACAAAGGGGAAGCCUUUUUCACUGGGUAUGUGUUAAGAAUUUGGGGGUUUUAGGUUUUUGUUUCAGAAGAGAGAAUCUGGGAUCUUAAAAAUCGAAACUUUGUAGAUGUGGUUUUAGUUCAACACAAGUAUAGAGUUGUGAAAUUGUUGAAGAUGGGAUCAGAUCAAGGUUCUUCCAGGUUAGAUACGUUAGAGAUUAAAGCUUUCAUUUUCCGGGAAAUUGGGCAUCAAAGAGCUGAGAGUUACUUCCAUCAGCUCGGAAGAUUCUUUGCCUUGAAGAUCACCAAAUCUGAAUUCGACAACUUGUGUAUCAAGACCAUUGGUAGACAAAACAUCCAUCUUCAUAACCGUCUUAUACGUUCCAUCAUCAAGAAUGCUAGUGUUGCAAAGUCUCCCCCAUCUAGAUUUACGAAGAAAGGUGGGAGCUUUGUUAGAUUUGGUAAUGGGAAUUCGAAGAACAGUCAAACUCAGCCGCUUUAUGGAGAUUCUGCGUUUUCUCCUUCGACUCGCAAAUCCAGGUCAAGGAAGUUUAGAGACAGGCCAAGUCCACUUGGUCCACUUGGGAAGCCUCAGAGUCUAACUACGACAAAUGAGGAGUCGAUGUCCAAGGCACAAAGUGCUACUGAAUUGUUGUCUCUGGGAAGUAGACCUCCCGUGGAAGUUGCGUCUGUGGAGGAAGGAGAAGAAGUUGAACAAAUAGCAGGAAGUCCAAGUGUUCAGAGCCGGUGUCCUCUCACUGCUCCGCUUGGUGUUUCUAUGAGUCUUAGGAAUGGAGCUACUAGAAAGUCUGUUUCUAAUGUGUCUAUGUGUAGCAGUAGUUUCAACCGCGGGACUUGUCAGAACAACGGUGAACUACCUGAUACAAGAGCGCUGAGGACUCGGUUGGAGAGGAGAUUGGAGAUGGAGGGGCUAAAGAUGACAAUGGACUCUGUUAGUCUUCUUAAUAGCGGAUUGGAUGUGUUUAUGAGAAGGCUGAUUGAGCCUUGUUUGAGUUUGGCUAAUACUCGAUGUGGGACUGAUCGGUUGAGAGAGAUGAAUUACCAUUAUACACAGCAAAGCAGAAGGCUUUCGUAUGUAUCGAUGUCAGAUUUUCGUGCUGGUAUGGAGUUGAAUCCUCAGAUUCUUGGAGAAGAUUGGCCUAUGCAUAUGGAGAAGAUCUGUUCCCGUGCUUCAGACAAGUAAAGAACAAACACCAUAGGUUAGAUACAUAGCAUUUGAUUUUACUCUGAUUGGGUACCUGAACCUGAAAUUCUUCCCUAGAAUUUGGGUUUGUGGAGAGUUUUCUGGUUUGAAAAAAGUUACUGGGAUGGUUCAAGUUUCAAUGGAAGAAGGUUUUGAAGAGAAGAAGGGUGGGUCUUCUUGAUGUUGUACAAGUUCAGAUAGUAGAGUGAGAUUAAGUAGAGGUUUUUGAAGUAAAACGCCAUUUGUUUAGCUGAUUUGUUAUUCUCUCGUGUAUUUUUCCUUUGUUUGCUCUCUGAUGUAACAAAAUUAAUAAUGAAAGCAAAAAAGAAAAAAGGCCAGUUUGGCUUCUUGAAAAGA